GCCUGACUGCCUGCCCGUCUCUACAUAUAUAGCACGCCGCCGCCGGCCUCGCCAGUGCGCCAAGCUCCACGACGCCAGCUACGCCGCCGACAUGAAUCCGGCCACGUUGAUGCUGAUAGCUGCUAUGUGGUGUAGCGUCUUGGGAGCGCCACCGCAAAUUAACGCCAAGGACGCUACAAUCAUCCAACAGGAGAACGACUUCAACGGCCUUAGCCCCUGGCGCUGGAGCUUCAAGAACAGCGACGGCUCGGAACGGGCCGAGGAGGGAGAGCUGACGGCGGACGGCUCGCCCGACGUGUCCGGUUCGUACACCAGGGUGUCGCCCAAGACGGGCGCCGUCUACGUCGUCACCUAUCGUGCCGACAAGCACGGCUUCCACGUCAUCAGCAGGCCGCUGGGCAAGGACCAGCCGGGAGAGGCGUACGCGAGGCUCCACAGGCGGCAAUUCUGACCGCAACACCUGCUUCAAUCAUACUAGGCGCCGUGACAGCGAGGUGGACAUAGCGACGCAGCGAAUUCGCCCACGCACUUCCUUCAUCUAAACAAAACUGCAAUCUGGCAAUGCGAACUUCUUCAACAUCUCUUAUGUUCCGAUGUCACCAGAGGUCACUAAGGCAGUAUACUGUAAAGAGAGCAAACAUGCGAUCUCGGUAUUGGAAUGACAAGCGUACUGCUUGCUAGAGGUUCUUCGCUUACCGGAACAAUACCCUUACAAAAAUUAUUUCUCUGUUUUUCACAUCCGAACAUCCCUCUACGUCCAGCAUAUGGUAACUUUUCAAAACGAAUAAAUUACUGAUUCGCACUGUACAGAAAAGUCUAAAACCGUACGAUAUUGCAGUUGUUAAUUAUUAUCUUAUCAUUAGUAGCGAUAAACCCAUCGUUUGAGAUUUAAACUUGCGCGAUUAAUUUAUUACUGAAAAUAACUCUGUAUUAGACAAGUUGUUUUGAAAUUCAUCUGAUUCUUUCCACGCCAGAUCCAUUUCUGUUUGAGGUCACAGAAAUGUUGGCCGGACAAUUUACUGGACACACUAAAAGUUAAAUCAAGAGUCUCACCAACAUAGAGGGCAGCCGGGUGAAAGUACAGAAGAAUAUGCACAUUAUAGCAAUGGCUCUGAAAUGCGCAGUGUGAAAUAGAAAAAAAUUUAGAAAAUGACCAGAAAAUGGUUCAUUGUCUCACUUGUCAGAUUCAACAAAUAAACGUGGAUAAGACCUAGAAAAAUAAGAUAACAGCACUUACAGCAAAAUUCUACUGAUUCAUGGUUAUCGAUCUCCAUUUGACUGUUUAUUAUUUCGUGCUAGUCAGCAUAAUACCCAUCUGGGGAGGUACCAUCUCAUACCUAACACACUUGAAAAUUAUUUUAUUUAAUUUUUCAGUGAGGACCCUUUGCAGCUAUCGACAUUUCUUCAAAAAACGAACAUUGGACUGGAGUUUUUACUCUUUCCUCUUUCAACAAAUGUAGAAGUGAUUUUCGAAGAAGUUAUUACUUAAAAUUCAUCCAUGAAAAUACGUAUGUGAUACAAUUCUGCUUCACUUUCAUACAUAAAUUAACCUCAAAUGACAGCAUAUUUUCGGAUGUAGAGUCGAUUAAUGGUGAGAAGUAUCAGUUGAUACCGCAAAUUGAAUUGAUGGCACUUGUAAACUUCAUUGUCUGCCUUUAUCUAGCAGUCCAUAACCGCAACAUCGUAUAAUAAUGUGCAUCAUUAUCCUAUAAUUAAAUGAAAAAGUUUUCCUCUGUUUAGCCAUACUCUACCAUCUAAAAUUGUUUACAAUCUUCUCUUGUGGACAUUUUUCGUUACGCUUUAUUAAUCAGUAUUGGAUAUGUAUAUUCUAUUUUUGUUAUGGAUGUUACAUUGACUAAUUUAUUAAGAUAAUAAAUAUUUG